CCCCUCAUCUUUCACCACGCAUGGGGGACAUCGGCUCGAAGUUCCAUUUUCUCUCCCCACAAGCCUCGCUUACGGUAUAGCCUUCGAUCUCUUUGGCUGAAAUGAUAAUGCGAAGUGGACAUCUGCUCCUCGUUUCGCAGCCGAUGUUUUCUUUCUGCAGCCUCGCGGCGCCGGCGCUUUUCCAGUGCUGUGAGUGGAGUGGUUUCUUUUGCUCGGCUCCUCGGCGAGCCCGCUCAUCGUCGCUUCCAUGUAUGGGUCGUUUGCUCCACACUCAGUUAAUUCUCCUACAUUACGCACUGUAAUAAUGGCAGCCAUUAUGCGCCGCAGAUAUUGUAAGUAUCAUUCACUGGUAGGGACAUCUCUCUUCUUGCCACUGCAACUUCAAUUGCUUUCUUUGUUCACUUGUUGCAACUGUCCGCGGGAAAGAAUGCUAAACCAAGCUUGAUAUCCGCCCACUACUCCACACUACUACUGACGGACCGGCUUCCACGUAUCGAAGCUACUGGAAAUGGAAUCCAGAGCUUCAUGAAAGGCCAGCAUCAUGGGGGAAGACAUUGAAGCUGGACGGCGGGAUUCAGAAGAUGGCAUGGGCACGGAGGCGCAUAGCUUGCGGAUAGCUUCCAAAGCAUCAUCGCCACCUUCGAGCAAUACCAAAGACGACGGCAAUAACGAGCUUUUCCAACCUGCAACGGUGCACAGCAACCACAUAUCUCUCCGCGAUGUUGAUCCAGUCGAUGUCCAGGUCCGAGACCUGGCAGUCACGGUUGAUCUCUCGCCCUCCGUGUUCUCGAUAGACAAAUACCUGCCACGAAAACGAAGACAAGAUGGCAGCGAGACUCCCAGAUCGAAACAGAUUCUGUACUCGGUGUCUGCGUCCAUGCCAGCAGGUACACUUACAGCGAUCAUUGGCGGAAGUGGAUCUGGCAAGACAACGAUGUUGAACACAAUGGCAGAGCGCAUGACAAGUGCGAGGUUAUCAUUUGGAGGAAAGACUUCGUUCAAUGGCAUGGGUGGCGUCAACAGUGUCCGGAGCGCAUAUGUGAUGCAACAGGACGUUUUACUACCUACACUUACGGUUCGAGAGACAUUGCGCUACUCUGCAGAUUUGCGAUUGCCGCCUCCUACGACGGAGGAAGAGAGAAGAAAGGUAGUAGAAGAGGUCAUAUUGGAAUUGGGCUUGAAAGAAUGCGCCGACACACGGAUAGGAAAUCACCAACAUAAGGGAUGUUCUGGUGGGGAGAAACGGAGAACGAGUAUAGGAGUACAACUUCUCAGCAACCCAAGCGUGUUGUUCUUGGACGAGCCUACUACAGGUCUGGACGCUACCAGCGCAUUUCAACUAAUUCGAACAUUGAAGUCUUUGGCGAAGAAAGGAAGAACGAUCAUCACCACCAUACACCAGCCGAGAUCUGAAAUCUGGGGAAUGUUUGAUGGCCUAGUGAUUCUCACGAGAGGAAGUCCGGUCUUCUCAGGCCCAGCGGAUGAUUGCAUACCAUGGUUUAAGAAAGUUGGAAUGGAAUUACCUCCGUUUGUGAACCCAGCAGAGUUCUUGAUCGAUAUCGCAGCAAUCGACAAUCGAUCUCCGGAGCUAGAGGCUGCUUCCUCAGAGAGAGUUGAGAGGCUCAAAGCCGCAUGGCUUGAUGAAAGUCGACUGAAAUAUGCCGCUGAUGACGAGAAAGGCGCUCUGGCAGUGGAACCCACACGUACAAGAAAUACUCGCAUGACACGAUCUCCAUUUAUUCGCCAGACGAGAGUACUUACUUCGCGGACCUUUCUCACCACGUAUCGAGAUCCUAUGGGUAUGGCUGGUUCGCUUUCGGAAGCCGUAUUGAUGGGAAUAUUGAGUGGUUGGGUGUUCUAUGCAUUAGGCCGAGACCAGUCUGGGAUUCGAAGUCGACAAGGAGCUCUGUACAACGCAGCCGCCCUACAGGGAUAUCUUAUCCUCAUGUUUGAGACCUAUCGACUGACAGUCGAUGUUCAACUCUUUGAUCGAGAGCACAAUGAGAAUGUGGUGGAUGUUGUCCCUUUCUUACUGAGCAGACGUAUCGCCAGGUUCCUCACAGAAGACUUACCUGUACCACUUGCUUUCUCUGCUGCAGCCUACUGGAUGUCAGGAUUCAGAGCAGAAGCAGAUACAUUCCUCAUAUACUUCUCGAUCAUGCUCAUCGGUCAAUACAUUGCAGUUACUUAUGCUGCAGCAUGUGUGGCAGCGGCUCGGGACUUCGCAACUGCGUCUCUGAUCGCCAACUUGGGAUAUACAAUUCAGAGCAUGGCUUGUGGAUAUUUCGUUCAAAGCAACAGUAUUCCAGUCUAUGUGAGAUGGCUGAAAUGGACUGCGUACGUGUUCUAUGCCUUUGGCAGCCUUUGUGCAAACGAAUUCGUUGGCCAAUUCUAUGAUUGUCCUCUGCCGGGAGGAGAAUCCGAUCCAGCAUGUAUUCAAUACACAGGGGCUUUCAUCAUGGACUCACUCGGGUUCCCCGAGGCUUGGAUUGUAAAGCCCAUCAUCGCAAUGGUUGCUUUCGUGGUCAUGUUCUAUCUGGCGGCGUUCAUUGGGUUCAAAUUUCUCCGCGUUGAGAUGAAUAUCGCUCAAGCCCGAACUUCAGAUACCGACUACUCGGCAGGAAAGGAGAAGAUGGUUGUACGAUCAAAUGCAGAGGUGCGAACAGUCGAUAUUGGAUUGGACGGAUUUGCGCUUGAUCUGGACAAGAGAUCAGCCAUUGGGCGAAAGUUACCUACGAAGACCAUCCUCCAUCCUGUCACGGCAACCUUUCAAGCAGGACUACUCAACGUCAUUAUGGGCCCAUCGGGAAGUGGCAAGACAUCUCUCCUCAACGCAAUGGCUCUACGUCUACAUAAUCGAAUGGGAACUCGGUACAAGCACUACGGAGAAAUGACUUUUAAUGGAUCUGUACCUUCAGACUCUGUCAUUCGCUCGGUCUGCUCCUACGUGUGUCAAGAUGAUGAUGCACUUUUACCAUCUCUCACCGUACGCGAGACACUUCGGUUUUCUGCUGGACUACGACUUCCAGCCUUCAUGACUACCGCCCAAAAGAAUCAGCGUGCGGAAGAAAUCCUCAUGAAGCUGGGUCUCAAAGAUUGCGCGGAUAACCUCAUCGGUUCUGCCACGGUCAAGGGCAUCUCAGGUGGAGAGAAGCGCCGUGUCUCAAUUGCUGUCCAGAUUUUGACCGACCCUAGAGUUCUGCUACUCGAUGAGCCUACCUCAGGCCUGGAUGCUUUCACGGCUUCAUCUAUCAUGGAGGUGUUGCAAGGUCUGGCCCAAGAAGGUCGUACACUCAUCUUAACCAUUCAUCAAUCUCGUUCCGAUCUCUUCCAGAAAUUUGGGAACGUGCUACUUCUCGCCAGAGGAGGAUCUCCUGUUUACGCUGGAACUGGUGCAGGCCUUCUCCCACACUUCGACUCUCUCGGAUAUCCUUGCCCGACAACUACGAAUCCUGCAGACUUUGCUCUGGAUCUGAUAACAAUCGAUCUUCAGCAUUCAGAGCGAGAAGCCGUAACUCGCCAGAAAGUUCGCUCACUCAUAUCAUCUUGGACCAGUGGCGACUUUGCUUCCGUGAUCCAGCCUACAACAAUCUCCACACCUGCUGAGCUAGGAUCUUUGAUCCGAAAGUCGACAACCUUCUUUGCCGCGUAUCCCAUUCUCGUGCACCGGGCUUUCAUCAACUUCCGUCGUCAACCUCCGCUACUCAUUGCUCGUACUAUGCAAGUGAUAGGAUUGGCUGUCAUUCUUGCUCUGUUCUUUGCACCAUUGAAGAAUGACUAUGCUUCAAUCCAAACGCGAUUAGGAUUCAUUCAAGAAUUCUGCGCCUUCAAUUUUGUUGGUAUGCUCCAGAAUGUUGCCGUGUAUCCUGAAGAAAAGGACGUCUUCUACAGAGAGAACGACGAUGGUACAUAUGGAGUCGAGGCCUUCCUCGCACAAUAUAUCACUCUCGAAAUCCCAUUUGAAGUUGCAACAAGCUUCAUCUUCGCCAUAUUAGUAGACUUGGCUGCUGGACUUCCCCGCACGACCGAAAUGUUCUUCGUCUGCUUCUUCAACUGCUUUUGCAUUGUCUCCUAUGGCGAAAGCAUUGGUAUUAUAUUCAAUACUCUCUUCCCUCACACAGGCUUCGCCAUCUCCCUCACCUCAGUCUUCCUCUCAAUCUCGCAAUUCAUGUCUGGCGUCAUGUCAAUCAACAUGCCUGCUUUCCUCCAAGGUGUAAACUACCUCUCUCCCCUCCGCUACGCCAUCCGCAAUCUUGCACCAUACUCCCUCCACGCCAUCCACUUCACCUGCAGCGACGCACAGCGUCUACCCGAUGGCAAAUGUCCUAUCGAGAAUGGAGAACAAGUUCUCGAUCUGUAUAAUUUGAAUACGGAUGGUCUGAAGAACUUGAUUGCGUUGGGGGCCUGCACGGUUAUUUAUCGGCUGUUUGCGUAUGCGCUUUUGAAGGCUACGAGGAUGCAUUGGAGUUCUGUGGCGUGGUCGGGGAGGAUGAAGAAGGUGCUUGGGGAGGGGCGAUGAUUAAGAGUGUGGACACAUGGUCCGAAAAUGUUGCGAAAAUUCAGGUACAUAUGGGCUGGGGGACAUAUCAAUUGUUGUGUUUAGCGGGUAGGCGUGGCAUUCCUGGCGUUAUUGUUGAUAGACAAAGCUUCAAAUAAGGCUGUAUACCAAAUCAUGUUACUUGCUGA